CAAUCUUGCAGAUCGUUAAUAAUCCCCAAUUAACAGUCGCCCAAACUAAACUAGAAUUAGUAAAUAUCCUACCCAAUUUAACUCAACCACAAAUCGAAGCUCUAACCGAAGUAAUUUGUCACCAAAUCGACCAAUCAAAACGUGGUAAAUUCAGUGGUAUCACUGAUUUAGAAGGUAAAAAUUUUAAAGUUCGCUAA